CUCUGGAUUUUAGGAUCGCUUCAGAUUUGGCCACACUGUUCGUAAUUUCUUGGAAUAAAAGGUGGAGGACUUCCUUUCCUCCUUCUUUCCUCUUCCUUCCCUCUUCCUUUCCUCUUCCUUUCCUCCUUCUUUCUUCUUCCUUUUCUCCUCCUUCCCUCCUCCUUCCCUCUUCCUUCCCUCCUCCUUCCCUCCUCCUUUCCUCUUCCUUUCCUCCUCCUUCCCUCUUCCUUCCCCCACUUCUUUCCUCUUCCUUCCCUCCUCCUUCUCUCUUCCUUUCCUUCUCCUUCCCUCUUCCUUCCCUCUUCCUUCCCUCUUCCUUUCCUCCUCCUUUCCUCUUCCUUCCCUCUUCCUUUCUUUUCUUUUUCGAUGAUGAUGAAAAUUCCGGAUUUGGGGAUUUCUUCUGAUGGUUUACAGCAUUACAGGAAGAAGAGAUGGAGGAAAACAAGGAAAUCCCAAAAAUGCUGAUUUUAGGAUGGUUUUGGAUUCUUCCUGGUGGUUUGUAAUGAAGCCAUGGCUCCCCUGUGGCCCACCAGGCUCAGGGCUGCGCAGAGCCCUCGUUAGAGGGCAGCCCAAUUAAAAACCCAAGAAAACCAUCGUCACUGCUGACCACCCUAACGAGCUGCUCCGUAAUUAAAGCGGUGCAUUAAAAUAUCAUCCGCUGCUGUUCUGCGAUACGAGGGCACCGCUGCCGCCCUGCUCUCCAGACAGAAGAAUUAGUUAAUCAUCUUGUGAAUUAGAGAUGGCUUUAAUUACAGCUGGUGCGUCCUCAUUAUCCUCCUACCACGCCAAGAUGUCCUUAGUUACGCUUUUUGUUCUUUUUCUUUCUGCUUUUUGUCUUUUUUUUUGCUCAUUUUUUCUUUUUUGGCUCCUAAUCCUUUUGUUCUUAAUCCCUUUUUUUUUCCUUAUUCUUUUUGUUCUUAAUCCUUCGGUUCUCAUUCUUUUUGCCCUCUUCUUCUUUCCUAUUUUUCCCAUUCUUUCCAUUCCUUUCCCAACCUUUCCUGCCCUUUCCCAUUCCCUCGAUUUCUUUCCCAUUAUCUCCAUUCUCCCCCAUUCUUUCCAAUCCUUUCCCAUUCUCUCCAUUCCUUCUCCAUUCGUUCAGCCCUUUCCCUCUCUUUCCCACCCUCUCCAAUCUUUUCCCAUUCUUUCCAACCCUUCCCAAUCUUUCCCGUUCUCUCAAUUUCUUCCCCAUUCUCUCCAGUCUUUCAUAUUCUUUACAUCUUUCCCAUUCUUUCCAAUCCUUCCUCUUUCUCUCCCGUCUUUCCCAUUCCUUCCCAUUCUUUCCAACCCUCCAUAUUCUUCCCACCUUUCCCAUUCUCUCCAAUCCAUUUCCAUUCUCCCCCAUUCUCUCAAUUCCUUUCCUAUCCUCUCCAAUCUUUCCCACUCUCUCCAUCUUCUCCCUUCUCUCCAAUCCCUUCCUAUUUUCCCCAUUUCCUCUCCUUCCCCAUUCUCUCAAUUUCUUGCCCAUUCCCCCUUCUUUCAACCAUUUCCCACUCCUUCCUCUCCUUCCCUUCCCUUCCUGCUCCCAUUCUCUCCAAUCUUUCCCACUAUUCCCAUUUCCCACUCUUUCCAGUCCUUUUUUUUCCCCAAUCCCUUCCUAUCACAUUCCCAUUCCCAUUACUUAUUCUCUUCUCAUUACCUUAUUGUUCUUUUCCCCCUUAUUUCUCAUUCUCAUCACUUUUUAUCCUUAUUUCCUCUCCUGUACUAAAUACAACGAAAGAAACAACAACAACAACAAGAACCGCAGCCAAUGCACCCAAAACAACAACAACAAAUAAUUUCACACCCCUCAACACCAACAUUAAGACCCACGAGAGGUAAAUUCCACCCCACAGCACACGGAGCGACGUUCCUUUUUCCAUCCCAAUUCGCCCCCAGACCCAACACAGGGUGCCGAACAGCAGAACGGUUCCCAAACUGCCCUCAUCAUCUAUCGCGAUAUCACAGAACUGCAUCACCAGAUCCCACCCCACAGCACAGAACCGUGUCGAUACCUGCAGGAACCGGAAGAAAAUCCAACAUCUUCCAAACAACCUGCUUGGAAUCUGCAUUAUUUUUAGGGCAAAGGAGCCCCGCGUCGCAUCUCAGCACUUCUCCUGGGCUCGCCAUCCUUUUCCCACCGACGCCAGAAUUAAUUUCCAAGGAGCAGCAGAUUGAAGAAAUCACCCCGUGAAGAGCAAAUGCAUAAAUAGGCAAAUGGAGCAGUGGUGCCACGCAGGGGGGAAAAGCUUCGUAAGCCGGAGGGGAGUAAAACCCAGAGACCCCAGCGCCGCAUGGCAAAGCUCGAGCCACAGAAAAGGGCGAAAGGAAGGCUCAAAAACAAAAACACCACCAAGAAAUCACGAACCAGGAGAGCGCUCCACACAACGGCGUCGCCAUCCAAAGCCGCUACAGCAGCGGAUUUAUUCCCUGCAACGCAUUUAAUCCCUGCACAACCCCUUCCGACAGAGCUUUAAUGGGGAUGAGCCGCCUCUGCUCAGCCCAUCCGACAUCACCCGGCUCGCAGGGGUUUCCUCUCCUCUGUGCCGAUGCCGAUUUGUCGAAGCCACGAAGCGACGGGGGGU